AUGGGGGCGAUAUGGUCAUACACGGGUCGAUACUCAGUGCUGCCACUUGUCGGUACAGGCAACUUCGGUACGGCCUGUGCGGAUCUCAUGAUCACUGACACAAAGGAUGGAGACGCAGGUGUCUUCAUGCGUCGUACUAGCCAAGCGACAAGCAAUUCAGUCGGCUUAUCAUCCUGUCUUCAGGAAGAAUCUCAAGCAUCACCAAUCUACGAACAUCCACUCUGGUUGAGUCGGCCGGAGUACGUGAAUGGCCUCGCUACUUACAUGAAACAGUCCGCCGGGCGGCUUCAAUUUGUCUUCAACUGGAUCAUUGGUGAAACGAGUGACUAUUCUGCUUGUUGGACGUAUAAGCUUACUCUCGAUUCUAUAUCUGGAAGGCUAAAGGAACGCCAUUUUCCCAUACGUAUUGUGGAUAAGGAUGAUAAGCGCAUGUUUAAGAUAAGGAAUCAGCAGCUGAACAAACGUGUUUCCGAGUGUGUAAAGGCAUUACAUGUGCUCGAGGAAAUUGCCCUUGGACAACUUCAAGUUGACAAUAUCGCGGUUGGAAAAGACUUCGAUUGGUCUAUGUUCAAGGACAAAAUGGAUCUCACCCGAGCGUUCAUUGCUGGUCAUUCAUUCGGUGGAGCGACAGCCAUUGCUGCGACGGCAUUUUCGACAGAUUUCCAAGCAGCCGCAGUGUUGGAUGGGUGGUUAUACCCGCUGGAACCGGGUCACUAUGAACGAGCAACUCAACCGACUCUGUUUUUGAAUGCUGGAAAAUGGCAAUUCUUGGAAAACAUCGAGCGAAUGCACAAAUUAAGGAAUAUUGCAGAGAAACCAAUGUAUACUUUCAGGUAUCUACUUUAG